UUACUUAUAAUUGAUUGUUUAAUAUGGCCUGAUACGGGAUAAUUUUUAAAAUGUCCGAUAGUGAAGAAAGCGACGGCGAGGGUGGUCUCGGCAACCUCAACCGUCUGAUCGUACGACCACCAGGCCACAGUGGAAAAGCGAAGCGUGGUCAUCUCUGCUUUGACGCCGCAUAUGAAUGCGGAAACUUAGGUCGGGCCGAUCAUAUUACCGAACUGGAGUAUGAUCUGUUCAUACGACCUGAUACAUGCCGACCCAGGUCUCGGUUCUGGUUCAAUUUUACGGUGGAGAACGUUAAACAAGACCAGAGGGUGAUAUUCAACAUUGUUAAUUUGGGAAAGGAAUUUACACUUUACAACUGUGAAAUGACACCGCUUGUUAGAUCUACAUCACGACAAAAAUGGCAACGAAUCCCUAGGCGUUUAUUAUUCUACCAUCGCUCUAUAGUUCAUCGUGGUCGAAAAAUACUAAGCUUCGCCUUCGGUUUCGAUCGUGAGGAAGACGUGUAUCAAUUUGUUGCAUCAUACCCCUACUCAUAUUCGAAAUUGCAGAAACAUCUUAGUAUAUGGGAAAAGAAAGCGCAGGAGUUUGCUAAAAGGGAGUCUAUUGCACAGACUACACAAAAACGUCGGAUAGAUUUGAUUACCAUCGGUCAAUUUGGAAGGGAGACUUUUGCAAAAGAGGAGGGAACUAAAAAGACUGAAUCAAAGAAACGUGUCGUACUCCUGUUGGCCCGUUCACAUGGUGGUGAACCGCCUUCGUCUUAUAUUUGUCAAGGUUUUCUUGAUUUCCUUGUAAGUUCAUCGGAAAAAGCGAUAGCUUUGCGCAACGAAAUCGUUAUACAGGUGGUUCCAAUGCUGAAUCCCGACGGCGUCUUUCUCGGCAACCAUCGUUCUGAUCUCCUGGGCUCUGACUUGAACAGGUGUUGGAAUAGAGCGACCAGUUACGCCCACCCAGCGCUCAUUGCAGUCAACGAUCACAUUAAGAAGAUCACCGCGGAAAAGGGUCUUCAAUUAGAUUUUAUCAUUGAUUUGCAUGCUGAUGUUAGCCACGAAGGUGUUUUCGUGAGAGGAAAUUCGUAUGACGACGUUUAUAGAUUUGAACGCCAUGCAGUUCUGCCCAAGUUCUUGGCGAUGCGAGUCGAAGCAUGGCAAUGCGAGUCGUGUCUGUACAACACCGAUGCGCUUUCCUUGGGCAGUGCCCGUAGAUCUUUGCCCAUGGGCGCAGUGGACGCGUACACAUUGCUCGCAUCUAUGGGUGGCCGAAGGAUUACACCGAGAGGGCCGUAUAUGCACUAUACGGAAGAUGCUUAUACAAAGAUAGGUCGAUCGAUAGCGAAGGCUCUAUGUGACUACUACAGACACAUAACAGUUAUACCACCUCGAAUAGGAGCAACUUCUAAGAAGAAGGAACCACGCGGCAGGCGGCGUCGAAAACGACCUGUAUAUGAGCGGAAAAGGUCUCCUAGUUCAUCACCCGAGCGGCGAGUUCUAGCUACACGCAUGCUAUCGCCAUCCUUGCCCAUCGCAUCACCGCUUCUCAAGGCUUUACCGCCAAGAACUGCGCGUAAUCCAUCAAUAAGAGCAAGGCCGAAGACUGUUAACAUUGAAAAUACGUUGCCUAUGAUACAAGGUACGGCAGUGCGAACUCCAAGAUUGGCGGUCGUAGACCUUAGCGCGUACAUACGCACUCCAACGUGCCACGACUCAAAGUAUCGGCAGAGGCUGGCACGCCCACCGCGCCCAACACAUCCUCGGUUCACCAGCGACGAAUAUGACACUCACGAAUCAACAGAAUAACUUUUCUUACUGGCCAUGUUUACCUGGUAGGACCCGCUAUUCUAGAUGUUUAAAUCAGACGCAUGGAGGGACAUGAUCUUAUCUCUGGGAGCAUGUACGGAACCGGUGUUAAGAGAUACUGAUGUUACUAUCUAUUAUAUCUUUCAUAGAUUUAUUAUUCAUAUUUCGCCUUCUAUAACAGUCUAAGCUUUUAUUAAUUCUAUUACCAAAGUUACAAAGAUUUUGUAUCAGUUGUGAUUAAACUUUAAAUUUU